AGCUAUCUCUUCUUACCAUCCAGAUCGAGAUGACUCUUUUCUGCAUCUUGAUCUUAUUUGUAUUAAGGAAAUGAUUGAUCACAUACCACAGGAAGAUCGACUAGGUAUCUUAAAACAGAAGAAUGAAAAAGGGAACACACCUCUUCACCUUGCAGCAGAACUCGGAAUUGUCCCGAUUAUUGAGUGUUUGGUAAACCCAGAAGACCCUACUCUCAUCCGGGAGACCAAUUCAAAAGGUGAAACCCCCUUAUUCAUAACUGCUUAUCGUGGUAAGCUACAAGCUUUUCUCUACCUACAUAAGUGUGUUCAAGAUGAAAACGGAGAAGGUCCAAUUGAACUUUGUAGAAGGAAAGAUGGGGAUAACAUUCUACACGCCGCCAUCUCUGGCGAGUACUUUGAGGUGGCUUUUCAGAUAAUACAUUACUAUCCGCCACUUGUCAACUACUACAACGUAGAGGGCAUGUCUCCUCUACACUUUCUUUCCAGGAUGCCUCAAGUAUUCAAAAGUGGCAGCCAUUUUCGGUUCAUAGAUAGCAUUAUCUACUACAGCAUAAAAAUCGAUAAGCUAGAGCCAAUGACAUAUAAACCUGAAGACAAAGACGACUCAAAAUUUAAACUCGGUAGUCAUCUCCCAGAGAACUACCAAACACUGGUGGAGUUCUUGGAACUACUUUGGUAUGGGACUUGGAAAAUUCGAGAUUAUAUUAUUGAAGUCUGGAAUCGAGAAAACAAGCCUAAAGCUGAAGGGAAGAGAAAGGGCCAGUUGUUCCCAGCCACUUUCGCCAUCUUUAUCAAGUUUCUCAAAUGUCUAAUGAAGAUUGUGCUAAGUGUAUUGGGUAUUGUUAAGUUGCAACUUUUCUCAUAUCAAUUUGGUGAAAAAAUACGUCUUAAAGUGUUGGUCAAAGAUACUACUCAAGCAACUAAUGUGAAUCCAGAGGAGGUGCCUCCAGACCAUGAAAGUCAAAGUGAUUGUCAAUAUGAUCGCGAGAAUCCUCCGAUUAAAGGUGAAUGCAUAAACAUGCAUAUACCGCAAUUGAAACUAGCUGCAGGGAAGAGUAACGGCAAGUUGUUUCCACCCAAUUACACCAUCUUUAUCGAGUUUCUCAAAUGUCUAAUGAAGAUUGUACUAAUUGUAUUGUGUAUUGGACUCCAAAGGAUUAAAAUAUUAGAGGAAACAAAAAAGAAACAUACAAGGGCAUUUCAAAUUAUGAAGUUGAUGAUUGAGAAAGAAGAACGUUACAAAUACGUACUCUAUCAAAGUCAUGCGGAAAAGCCAGAAGAUAGGGACCACCAUAGUCAAGUCCUUGCACCUCCUACAGAACCUCCCCUAAUAGUUGAGGAUGAUAAUAAAAAGGACAAAGACCAGAGUAAGACUGCAGCGACCAAGCAAUCACCAACUUCAAGCACAGAUGAGAAAAAGAAAGAUGAUCACAAGUCCGAGUUGUCCAAGCCAACCAAGGAGACACCCUUAUUAGAGGAGGCAUCAAGGAUGGGUAUUGUAGAGAUGGUAGAGAAGAACCUUAAAAUUUUCCCAACAGGCAUUCAAGAUACGGACUGUAAAGAGUUGUCCAAACCGACCAAGGAGACACCCUUAUUAGUGGCAUCAAGGAUGGGUAUUGUAGAGAUGGUAAAGGAGAUCCUUAAAAAUUUCCCAAUAGCCAUUCAAGAUACCGACUCUGAAGAGAAGAACCUACUGCUUUUGGCUAUAAAGCAUAGGCAAACAGAGGUCUAUAAUUGGUUAAUAGGAGAAAAGUAUCCAGAGCACGUGUUUUAUCAGGUGGAUAAAAAAGGAAACAAUGCAGUGCACCAAGCUGCAACGUUCCAGAAGCUGGAUGUGUGGCGCAUCCCUGGUUCCGCUCUACAGGUGGAAGGCGAAGGGAAGUGGUACAAGUAUGUCCUGCACACUUUGCCACCACAUUCAUAUGUUCGUUAUAACAAGAAAGGUCAGACACCAAGAGAGGUCUACAUAGAGACGCAUGCGAAGUUACUCAAAGAUGGAACUGAAUGGCUCCACAAAAUCGGCAAAUCAUACUCUGUCGUUGCCACACUGUUUACUACAGUUGCAUUUGCUACAGCUGCCACAAUCCCAGGCGGGCCCGAUGAGUUUGGCCAUCCACACUUUCAAAAUCAACCUGCUUUUGACGUGUUUUGUAUAUCAUCACUUGUUUCUCUUUGCUUCUCAGUCAUGGCCCUGGUGUUUUUCUUAGCUAUCCUCACAUCUAAAUGCGAACACGAUGAUUUCGAGAAAGAUUUACCAAGAAAGUUGCUCAUUGCAUUAACUUCGCUCUUUGUAUCAGUAUGUGCUAUCUUGGUCUCAUUCUGUGCUGCGUAUUCCUUUGUCCUCGGGGAUAAAUUCAAGAAUAAGGCAUUUCUAAUAUACGGGGCAACAUGCAUACCUGUGGUGUUUUUAGCAUUUAAUCAAUUCCCUCUCUAUGUUGAUCUCAUAUGUACAUCCAAAGAGCUACCAAGUCGUAACUAUAAGGAUGAUCCAAACUGGUAGAUAUUAUGACAAGAGUAGAGCAUUGCACGGUUUCCGACUUUAGUUUCCGAAUAAGACUGCGUUGUUUUGUGUUAAAAUUGAUGAAUUCCAAGAAAGAUUUGCCUUCGUCGAGAGGAGGCGAGGUGGAGAUAUCAUUUUUCUAUGUAUCCUGAAUAAACUUCUGUAAGAGUUGCAUGUGAUUUCAUAUACCUUGUUUUCCGGGAUAAAGCUAGUUAAGUAGGGUGCUA